GGUCUAUUUGGUUCUGGAUAGCCUCCGCGUCCAUCCCCGGAUCUUUUGACGCGCCAUCCAUGUGAGAACCGCAACUCCAGGCGUUGUCGCCCAAAUAUCCAAGAAAAGUCGCGCGUAUGUGAAAGUGGCAAACACUGCCACCCGCCCGUUGCCGCCGAAUAACGUUGCCAUCACACUGGCGAGCAUACACAAUGGGACAAACGACAUCCCAAUACAUGGCGCAGAUGGAGAAGUCCUCCAACUUCACUGCCGCUGAGCUCGAUCGCUUGAAAAAGCGCUUCAUGAAGCUGGACAGGGAUGGCUCCGGAUCCAUUGAUCGCGAGGAAUUCUUGCAAGUUCCUCAGAUCGCGAACAAUCCACUAGCAUCGCGUAUGAUCGCGAUUUUUGAUGAUGACGGCGGAGGUACAGUCGAUUUUCAAGAGUUUGUUGGAGGCUUGAGUGCCUUCAGCAGCCGUGGUGGUCGUGAGGAGAAACUACGAUUCGCGUUUAAGGUGUAUGAUGUAGAUAGAGACGGCUUUAUCUCAAACGGCGAGCUUUUCCUUGUUUUGAAGAUGAUGGUAGGGAAUAAUUUAAAAGAUUCUCAGCUUCAACAGAUCGUGGACAAAACAAUCAUGGAAGCAGACAAGGACGGUGAUGGCAAAUUAAGUUUCGAUGAAUUCACAGCAAUUGUCGCCAAGACGGACAUCGCCAAGCAAAUGACAUUGGAACAUCUUUUCUAGCUUAUGUUGUGUCUCCAUUCUGGGUUUAAUUGUUGUAUGACUCGCCAUUAAUGACAUGCACAUUAUCUUAUGUUCUCGUCCCGAGGAUUCACCCUCACCGCGUGCAAAUUCAAAAAUCAAGCCCAAAUACGAUCACAAACCUCAUACCAGCCUUCCAAGCCCACUUAACCACUCUAGGAUGCGCAGAUGGUUGCGAGGAUUGUCUGGUGUGGGUCUGUCAGCUUUUCCCUCCGGCUCCGGUUUCUGGUCACCUCUCAUGAUGUCAUCAUGGCGUACCGCGGCCUCGGCUCGUUCAACCUCUAGAAGAUGGAACUCGCUAAGAUCAAUCUUGUCCGCAGGUAUGAAUAUUUGCCAUGAUCGGGUAUACAGCUUGAUGAGAAGGUAUAAGCCUGAAGGUGUGGCACCGCAUAUCAGGAUCAUUUUUGUACAGAGUAAAGGCUAG